CAGCUUUAGAUGCCUUUCCAGAACACAUGGUUUAUUUACAGACAUCUGUUCAUCUGACAACUACAACACAAGAGAGAGUGAAGCGGACGCUCUGUUUGCCAGGUAUCUUAGAGACGGUAACUGGGGACGGUCAGGUGUGUGAGGUGAGAGUGAGUGUUUACCUGCACACACACACUCUGCUGACUGCAUCCUGAGAGCGAGUGUUUACCUGCACACACACACUCUGCUGACUGCAUCCUGAGAGCGAGGAGUUCGUGGGAGGAGCGGCAAGACUGACAGAGGAGCCCCUUCUCUGGAGAUGACGCUGUGAAAACAACUCACUGGCCAAUAGCAACGAUCACAGCCUCCAUGGCCUACCUGGUUCACACUGCACACGCUCAGUGCCUGGGCCUAUGGGUGGGCACGGUGGGCUGGAUCCUGAUUGGCGUGACACUGGGAUUGGUCCAGUGGCGGGUGUGGCAGGUAGAUGACCUCUCCAAGAUCUCCUCUGGAGUGGCCUGGGUGGGCGUGUGGAGAGUUUGUUUCUACAGCCACGUCUUGGUCACCCCGCAGUUUAAAGUCAUGUACUGUCAGAGAAUGGGACUGGCUGAAGACUACACGCCUCCCGAAGUUGCAGCUGCACAAGUGCUCAUGCUGGUGGCGCUGGGGGCGGGGCUGUGCGGGAAUGCCUUCGGCGUGUACGGCCUGAGGAUUAUCUACUUCGGAUUGGAGAAGAACGCUCCAAUCCGGAAAGUCUUCACCGCAGCGGGCGCUUUCUGCCUGCUAGCUGCCAUGCUGGCUCUCGUGCCGCUGCUGUGGAACCUCAACUCUGUGGUGACGAACCAAACCAUUGCUUUCCCGGAACAGUUUUACAUGCCGCAAGCCCCCGUCAAGCAGCACACCGGCCCGGCAAUCGGAGUCGGUAUUGUAGCCUCCAUGCAGCUCAUCGCCAGCGCGGUCAUCUUUUUCUCUUACCGGCUGCUAGGCCAAGGAGGCCGCAGUGUAGAGCCCUUCCCGGCGGAGACGACCCUGGAUAUGACAAGCCACGUAACGUCUCUGUCUCGCCACUCUGUAGAGACGGGUCGGUACACACAGAGGCCGUCACAGGCUCGGGGCAACCCCGCUUUUCAGUCGGACGAGAACUUGUAAACAGUCAUGAACGAUGCUCUGGAUUUGAAUCCAAGUCCUUUUAGGUGUGAAGAACAUUUCGGUGUUGAUUGAAGACGAUCAUUUCAUGAUGAAUGAUGAGCCUGCAGCUAACUAUUUUACCAUUAAUAAGAAAACAUGUAGGGCCUGUUAUUAGUAGUAGGCUAUACAGCCUGCUUCUGUUUUUUUGAUGCGUUUUAACCGGUCAAUGUAUCGUCAAUAGUGUUUACAAGCUACAAGCCUUGGGGGGGAACACGCACUUCGUCAUGUGACAUUCUUG